ACCUGGUCAGUCUAUGUCAUGGAAAGAGCAGGUGUUCUUAAUGUUUUGUAUUCUCAGUGUAUGUCAUGACAGUUCUGUUUCAUUGGGCUUUUCAGAUACGCAUGUUUUCCUCUAAUUAACAUUGCCUGAGGACAGGCUCAGUUUAUGGAAUGUAGGAAUUCCAGAUAGUUUUUUUUCUCUCCAGAAUUUAAUGACUUCAAUAUUGCUGGUCUACACAGCUUUUCCUAACCAAAAUCAGAAAAUGUAUGUAUAUAUGAACAUUAAGUUAUUGUCAUUUGUCAUAAUUUGCCAACCCAGGCUCCAUUGUCACUUAACACAGCUGCCGAAUUCUAACACCAUGCCAACACAUUUUAAAGAUGUUCAAGUUGUUUCAAGAUUAUUUUCAUGUUCAUAUUACUAUGUAGUAUAUAUGUAUUCAAUUAUAAUGUGUUUAUAAUACAGCCCAUUCAAUUGCAAUAUUUUUACACUUCCAACACUUUCACCAGAAAAGAUGACUGAUUCAACUCGAUACUGUACAGCUAGUAUUGUGAUAGAAAGGGAAUUCCCAUCAACUAGUAUAAAUAUAGUGGGUAAAGGCUAUGAUGGUAUCUAACAACUUGCGUUCACUGGUCGGUCAAUUGUAUCAGCAAAUUCCUUGAAGUGCCAUCAACCCAAAGGCAAUGAACAUUCUGAUAGUUUUCGCCAUUCUCUGCAACAUGGCCAGCUACGGUCAAAGCGCACCGAUCUUGGAGUAUUCUGGCGAGGCGGGUCAACUAGUCGACGAUCCAGAAUUCAACCUGUCCGUAGAAAACAGCAAGAGUUUGAUCAAAAAGGUGUUGGAUGCUAUUCCUGAGACACACACAUCGUGCAUUCAUUCUGAGACCCUGAUUCUUAACUCCAGCAGUGAGAACAGGAAACUACAAUACCUGGCGAUCAACCUUGGCAUCCCCUCUGCUCCCACACUCAACGCCUUGACAGAUAACUUUACUUUGGAGACCUGUCUGAGACGUAUGUCAGAGGGACUACAGGUGCACCAGGACCUGCUAAGAGCUGUCGUACAACGCCUGGCCAACACAGAGAGAAUCACUGCACUGCUGACUGAUAUCAGAGAUCUCCGCGUACAGAUCAACAGGAUGCUGAAAGCGGUCCAAGUGGCGGAGAGCCCGGUGGCGGUGCAGCCCACAGCCACAAGCCUGGCCUCUCGUCUCACUGGGGACUAUGAGGUUCAGGUAGCCACACAUCUGACUCUGGUGCAGCUCCAAAGCUUUGGCCAGGACAUAGUCCGAAGUCUAAGGAACAUAGCCCAAGCAAAUGGGCAGAGCGAUUGACCCAAAACUGACUUGAAAUUGCCAUGUUUUUAUGGUGAUGUAUUUUAUUUAUUUAUUUAUGAUCUAUUUAUUAUUCAGUCUAUUUAUGAUUAGAUGUGUAUUUAUAAAAUGCUUAAAAUAUAAUUUAAAUGCUUUUUUUACAUGUUCCAAUUACAGUGCAUUUGGAAAGUAUUCAGACCCCUGGACUUUUUCCAGAUUUUGUUACAGUACAGCAAUAUUCAAAAAGUGACUAAAUUGUCCCCCCCCCCCCCUCUCAAAUCUACACAUAUA